UGUACCGGGCUGCUGCCAUGUGCGCGGCUGCGCCUGGGGGCGGUGGGCGGGCGGCUCGGAGGCUCAGAGCUGCGACCGCAGGAAGCCGGGUCCCCAGUGCAGCCCCGAGGUACAGCAGGAGGACAAGGAGGGUCCCUAUUGCCUAUGAAGCUGAACCCAGGCCUGAGUCUCCUGGCCCCAAAUGGGAGCCGGAGAACUGGCGGCAGCAGCUGGAGCGCAUCCGGGAGAUGAGGAGGCACCGAGAUGCUCCCGUGGAUGAGAUGGGAGUGGAUAAAUGCUAUGACACCAACGCACCACCGCAGGUUAUGCGCUACCAAGUUCUGCUGUCUCUGAUGCUCUCUAGCCAGACCAAGGACCAGGUGACAUCAGCUGCCAUGCUCCGCCUGAGGCAGCGUGGCCUCACGGUUGACAGCAUUUUGCAGAUGGAUGAUGCAACUCUUGGGCAAAUCAUUUAUCCUGUUGGAUUCUGGAGAAACAAGGUAAAGUAUAUAAAGCAGACAACAGCCAUCCUGAAGCAGAAUUAUGGGGGUGACAUACCAAGCACUGUGGAGGAGCUGGUGAAGUUGCCAGGAGUUGGGCCCAAAAUGGCCCAUUUGGCCAUGAACAUUGCUUGGAACAGCGUAUCUGGGAUAGCUGUGGACACCCAUGUGCACAGGAUCACAAACAGGCUGAAGUGGGUGAAGAAGGAGACCAGAUACCCUGAGGAAACUCGGGUAGCACUGGAGGACUGGCUGCCCAGGGAUCUCUGGAGGGAGAUAAACUGGCUCUUGGUGGGCUUUGGCCAGCAGACCUGCCUGCCUGUGAAUCCUCGCUGCAAAGAAUGCCUCAAUCAAGACAUAUGUCCUGCUGCUAAGAGAUUCUAAGAAACCAUUCUGGCUUCCUAGAGUAAGAAGGCCACUUCAACCCAGAGCCAAGCGGUAGGAAUGUUGUGCUUUGCACGGGGCUGUGUGACUGUGGGGAAACAGGAGACUGCUGCAGCCAGCUCAGCGUUCUUGGGGAGGGGAAGCUGCUGUCAGUAGCUGAGCUCUCAAGAGGAAAAAGGGUCCUUCAAAGCACAUAGUCCUGCUGCAUCAGUGCUGCCAGCUACAGCCCCCAUGUGAAUGCUUGAGUAUGUCCCAGCAGCACAGCAGGCUGUGCAGUGUCAGAAACAGCUGGAGAAAUGCAAGACUUGCUGCUGCUUGUAAUUAUGUGUUGAAUAAAGGUGGUGGGUUAUUUUUUCUA